CCCACUACUACCCUUUACGAUGAAGUACGUAGCAGCCUACCUUAUGGCCGUUUUGGCCGGCAACGAUGAGCCCACUGUAGAGGAGGUUAAGCAUAUCCUCUCUGCUGUCGAUGCUGAGGUUGAUGAUGAGAUGUUGGCCAAGUUCUUCGCCCAAGUGCAGGGCAAGAAUGUCCAAGAGAUGAUCGUCACUGGUCUCUCUAAGCUUGGUUCCAUCGCUUCUUCUGGCGCCCGCCCCGCUGCUGCUGGUGCCGCUGCUGGUGCUGCUGCCGGUGGUGAGGUCGCUGAGGAGAAGCCUGCCGUUGAGGAAGAGGAGGAGGAAGAGGAAGAGAUGGACUUUGAUCUCUUCGAUUAAGUAGCCACUGCUUGAUAACUUUCAUCAUCAUCCUUGGGUCCGAGAGGCAU